GACUGAGUGUAAAAUCACCGACUGUAUAAGAUUUGAUAAGCAGCAGGGUCCCAGAACUGCAGCUAUGUCUGAAGCAGCUCCGAAACCAAAGCCCAAAAUCUCUGCAUCUCGCAGACUCUUCUUGAAGACCAAACUCCUAAAGAAGGCCAUGGUCAUGCUGGAGAGCGAAAAGCAAACGAGAAAAGACGAACGAGAGAGAAUCCUCACUGAGAAAGUGCCGUCCCUUCAACUGUCAGGCCUGUCUGUGCAGGAUCUACAGAAUCUUUGCAAAGAGCUCCACCAGAAGAUUGAUGUGGUUGAUGAAGAGCGAUACGACGUUGCUUCUAAAGUGUCAAAAAAUGACACCGAGAUACAAGACCUGAGUCAGAAGAUCUAUGAGCUGAAGGGCAAGAUGAAGAGGCCAAACCUGAAGAGGGUGCGCGUGUCCGCUGACGCCAUGCUGGGAGCCCUGCUGGGUGCAAAGGUCAAAGAGUCGGUGGACUUCAAGGCCAACCUCAAGACUGUGAAGAAAGAGGAGGAGAAGAAAGAGGAAGUGACCGACUGGCGUAAGAACGUGGACGCCAUGUCUGGGAUGGAGGGAAGGAAGAAGCUGUUUGAUGCUGGCCAGUAGAUCUAAAGUAAACACGGAUGCUCUGGAGCCGCAGGUGUCACUUUAUUAUGGCAGGAUAAAUGACGACCACUUUAAGUGUUGAUUUCGGCACAAGUUCAUGUUACGAGUGUUUGUGUAACUGUAACUGAACACGCAGUGUUGACUUCAAGUGCAAUGAACAGACACGUCAUGAAAGCAUAUGUAUGUUUUGUUCUUGUAGUUAGAAUCUUAUAUAUGCAUGCACGCAGCAGCACUUCACAUGUAAUCUUGCUUCUUGACCUGAUGUAUGAGAACAUCCAUAAUACUCACAGGAAUUGCAGAUGGAUUUUAUGAUUUAAAACAAGAAAAGAAAAAUCAUAUUUGUCCUAUUUAAAAGAAUGAAUGCACAUUCCAGGGGCAGCUAAUGUUCUAGUCAGCUAUUCAUGGAGUCAUGUCAAUGUGGGCGUCCUUGAAAAUCACUGUGGUAUCAACCUUAUUUAUU